AUGUACGACAACGGUGCAUAUAGCGAGACAGGCGAAGGAGCGUACGACGAUCCCGAGAAGGAGACACUCUCAGGGGAGUCGAUGCAGCACACUGAUCCCGAAACGCCCGCCGUCAGUACUCGUCACUUUGGACCUGUUCCGGCAGGCCGGAUUUUGCGUCGACACAAGACGAAGAAGACAGUGCAGCUCACUAACGGUAAUUUGGUAGUGGACCUAGAAGUACCGCCGAAGCUACUGCUGCCUUACAAAGGAGGUCCAGAGAUGACGAAGAUGAGGUACACGGCGGUGACCUGUGAUCCUGAUGAGUUUGAGCAUAAAGGCUUCUUUCUGAGACAGAAUGAGAUGGGACGGACUACGGAACUGUUCAUUGUAAUCACAAUGUUUAAUGAGGACGAAGUCCUCUUCUGUAGGACACUUUACGGGGUCAUGCAGAACAUCUCCCACCUCUGUUCUAGAAAGAACUCUCGGACAUGGGGUCCGGAUGCCUGGAAAAAGGUCGUAGUGUGCAUUGUUGCGGAUGGUCGGAAGAGGGUCCAUCCACGGGUUCUAGACUGUCUGACGUUGCUGGGAGUGUUUCAGCCUGGAGACCAUAUGAAGAAUAUGGUCAACAGGAAGGAUGUCACGGCUCAUUUGUUCGAAUACACGACCUCCUUCGCGCUUGAUCCGAACCUGCACUUCAGAUAUCCCGAUAAAGGCAUCGUCCCGACUCAGAUAAUCUUUUGUAUGAAAGAGAAGAACCAGAAGAAAAUCAACAGCCAUCGGUGGUUCUUCAACGCGUUUGCGCCUAUGUUACAACCGAACGUGUGCGUUCUCCUUGACGUCGGCACUCGACCCGCACACAAGAGCAUAUACUACCUGUGGAAGGCGUUCGACAUAAACUCGAAUGUCGCCGGGGCAUGUGGGGAAGUCGCCGCCUAUAAGGGCAGGGGAUGGUCCGCGCUGCUGAACCCGCUUGUUGCGGCGCAGAACUUUGAAUACAAGAUGGCCAACAUCCUGGACAAGCCUAUGGAGUCUAUCUUUGGGUACAUCAGCGUGCUGCCUGGAGCGUUCUCAGCCUACCGCUAUAUAGCACUGCAGAAUGACAAGCAGGGAAAAGGCCCUCUGGCAUCGUACUUCAAAGGAGAGGUGCUGCGCGGCCAAGAUGCGGACAUAUUUACCUCCAACAUGUAUCUCGCUGAGGAUCGCAUUCUUUGCUUCGAAUUGGUCGCGAAGGCAAACUCGAAUUGGAUUCUCAGAUACGUGAAGAGUGCGCGAGCAGAGACCGACGUACCGGAGGCGCUUCCGGAAUUUAUCAUGCAGAGACGGCGCUGGCUCAACGGGUCGUUCUUUGCCGCUACCUACGCCAUCGCUCAUCUCGGUCAGAUCCUACAGUCGGGCCACAGCUUCGGCCGGAAAGUUGCGCUCGUGAUGGAAACGAUUUACAAUAUCAUCAACCUCGUUGCGGCAUGGUUUUCUAUUGGAAACUUCUAUAUAUUCUUUAUCAUCUUGACUUCCUCCGUCGAAAAUGCGUUGUUCGGUGUAACAUGGAUCAGAUCCCUCAACGCUGUCUUGCAGUUCAUCACGGGUAGCAUCGUCGUGGCAUGUUUCCUCUUCUCGAUGGGCAACAAACCUAGAACGGCAAAGUGGAAGUACCAGGCGUCGGCAAUUCUGCUAGCGCUGAUGAUGGUCUAUUUGAUCUUUUGCUCUGUCCUUUGCGCCAUCAGGGCCGCUACCGUCGGUGGCGCAUCGUAUUCGACGAUGGUGUUCAGCAUCAUCAUCACCUACGGUGUCUAUGUCUUCUCGAGCAUUCUUGCUCUUGACCCAUGGCAUAUACUUACCAGUUUCAUACCAUACCUGCUCCUGUCCCCGACAUAUAUGAACAUUCUUAGCGUCUACGCCUUCUCAAACUUGGAUGAUAUCUCGUGGGGCACCAAGCAAGAUGCCGAUGUAGAAUCGGAUCUCGGCGCAGUCAUACAGAACAGCGACUCGCAAGUAGAUGUCGAAGUGCUCACGGACGAUGCAGACGUGAACGGCAUGUACGAGGAAGCGCUUCAGAACCUCAAGUUCAAAAAGCCCGUGCCGAAGAAUACAACCCCGCCAAGCGUGGCGGAGCAGGAGCAAGCCGCAAAGGACUACUACGCUAACGUUCGCACGAAUGUCCUCCUGAGCUGGGUCCUGUCCAAUGCACUGUUGCUCGUGGCCAUCCUGGGCGGCGGAAACGCCGUGGACACGUUCAGCGACAACGGAUCGAUGAAUCGGACAAGGGUGUACUUGACGUUCAUCCUCGCCUUCGUUGCACUCUCUACUAUUGUCCGUUUCUGUGGCUCAAUGAUGUACCUCGUAGCAAGGCUCUUUACGGGCUGA